AUGAUAAAUUUGUUAUUUGUAUCUGUGUUGAUCAUAUUGGCGUUAUCAACAUGUCCAUUAAAUGAAAUUGAAGGAACAGAAUAUGUCUUGACUGGAAAUGAAGUGUGUGAAUAUACAGAGUCGGUUAUAAUUACAUCAAGUAAGUUACAAAUAAAAACUGGCUCGACUUUAAAAACAAAAAAAAUUUGGAACUUUACGUGUAAUGCGACUGGCAAUUCAAUUAUAAAUACCAAUCAAUUGGAAUUAAGUUCAUCAACAAUAGAUCUUGAAGAUACUUCAAUUAUAAAUACCAAUCAAUUGGAAUUAAGUUCAAAUUCAAAAAUUAAUCUUUCUGGAAAUUCCAUGCUAAAUUCUGUUGGGAAUGUCAUUUUUGUAACCUCUUUAUUUAAACUUUCUGAAAAUGCGCGCCUUUCAGUGAAAGGUAAUAUAUCUUUAAGUGGUGGUACAUCUCCAAAUAAACUUUCAGGAAAAUCAAGACUUUCUUGUCAUUCUUUGAAUUCUAAGACAGUUGGCAAUAGAACAAUCAAAGAUCUUCCACUCUUUUUUGUAUCGAAUACGGUUACAAUAACUGGGUUUAGUGGUUUUACACAUGAUUGUGAUUUCGACUUUUUGUUCACAAACAACACUCUUAAUGAGUCAUUAUACACAACCCCAUUCAAAGUACUUUUAGAAGGUCACCUAUUACGGUAUGGUGCUUCAGAUGAGAUAUAUUGUCAUGUGAACCACACUGAAGACACACCAUAUCCAUAUUACAUCGAAAAUUAUUGCCCACUCACUGAUGCAUACAUCACGCCAAUUGACACCUUUUAUCAAAUGAAAGUCAAAGUAGAUGCGCCUAAACAGAGUUUAAAUGUAAAAAGCACAGAAAACGAAGAAAAUGUGAUUGUAAUUGGAAACCAAAAAUACGAUUUGUCACUCACCGAAUUUAUUGAGAUUGAAAUGAUAUCUGACAACCAAGUUGUUUUGAAUAAUAUUAUGAUAACAAAAAACGUAUUUCUCGUUGCUGUGAAUGGGUUUGAAUACAAUAACACGUCGUGCAAGUCGGGGUAUUUCCAAAACGGCAUUUUUAUCUGUCAAAAUCAUAUACCAUGUACUGAAGGUGGUAAGACCACUGAUGGAAGAUGUGUAGCAUGUCAAGUCGCAAAUUGUGUGACGUGUGAUGGCGACAAAGGUAACUGUAUAAAAUGCAAAGAGAAUUUGACAUACAAUACCAAUACAAACAUGUGUGAAGAAUACACAAACUGUCUUUCAUUUACAAAAGACAAGUGUCUUCGAUGUAACGAUGGCUUUGUAUUUGAAGGUAACAAUUGUGUUAAAAUCACCGAAGGCAACGGAAAUUGCCAAAUAAAAGUAAGCGUUCCAUCAGAGUGCUUAUUGUGUGAUUUAACAAACAUGACAUUAAUCAACAGCAAUGGAGUAUGCAGUGUUGUAGACAGCAAUGUUGCUGUUCACAGUCUUUCAAACGUUGUUGAAUGCAAAAAUGGGUUUUAUGUACAAAACAACAUGUGUAACAAUUGCACAACCAACAACAAUGGAAAAAAUGGGAAGUGUGCACCACAAAUAGACAACUGCAUAAAAUACGUGAAUGUUAUGUGUGUAGAAUGUUCUUUUGAGUACUCAUAUGAUGGCAAUGUGAGUUGUGUUGAGCCAUCAAAAGUUAAUGUGAGCUGUGGAAUGGCAACUCCGGUUGGGUGUAUCAGAUGUGAUGGAAAUACCUUCCUGAAUGUAUCGACACACAAAUGUGAGGCGUGUAACUCAAAUUGUGAAAGUUGUUUGAAUUCAACUAAGUGCCUGUCAUGUGUAGAUGGGUACUUUUUGAGUGACCACAUCUGCAAAUCCAAUGACGCGUUGAAUGACACUUGUGCACGAAAAGUGCCAAAUGGGAAUGGUUGUUUGGAGUGCAAAGUUGGGUAUUACAAAAAGGGAACAGAUUGUGUGCUGUGUGAUGUCAAGUGUGGUGAGUGUAUGACAGAGAACUCGUGUAUUAAAUGCAAUGCAACAAAUUACAAAACGAGUAAUGGCGAUUGUCUUCCACGCUCUUCGAUUUCGACGUGUGCUGUUGAAGUGACUGAAAGUGGCUGUUCAACGUGUAAAAAUGGGUAUUACACAGUCAAUGGAAAUGAGUGUCAGAAGUGUGUUGAAAGGUGUGCAAAGUGUUCAGAACCGACUCGGUGCACAUCAUGUGAUGACACAUAUGUGCUCAAAAGCACCAGUUGUGUGAGUUAUAACACCAUCACAAAGUGCACCAAAACAAAAGACUCAAAAUGUUCAUCAUAUACAUUUUGGUAUUCACCAAGUGACGAUGGCACGUAUUGUUCAAAGACAGCUGUGUGGUGGGUAAUACUUCUAAUAAUUGUCAUUGUCAUUUCAAUUCUUGUGUUGGUCAUAGUGUCGGUCUCCUUUGUUAUGGUUAAAGUCAUAAAGCACAAAAGAGAUACCAGCAACUUCACACUUUUCAAAUUGAAGCACACCAAUAUGACUUUUGUCGAAAUGGCAAAUGGUCUGAUAAUUCACACCAAAAACAAAGGAUUUUUGAUCACUGAUGAUGACCAAGACUAUGACGAAAUUGAUGUUAACAAACAAAUCAAGAAUCUGUUUUCUAUUGGAAACACAACAAACCAUAAAGUCAAGAUUCAGUUCACUUCUAAAAAUGAUAUUGAAAAAUACACAAUCCGUUUUGAACCUUCAAUUGUAACAAUUCCUCCAAAAUUCGCGUGUGAAUUUAGUCUAUUUCUUAGUCCAUUGUGUACAUCGACGAUAGACAGUACUUUUGUUGUUAGUUAUCUCUUUACCACGAGUGAUAGUACAACGUGUGCAUAUCAUGUGAAUUUUAAAUACACCACCAAACUAUCAACACGACUUGAUCCAGACGAGUUGAUUGAAGAGAAACAACUCGGAGAAGGUUCUUUUGGAAUUGUGUUUAAAGGUUUUUUCAGAGGAAAUAUCGUUGCUAUCAAAAAGAUGAAAAAUUUAGUCAAUUCUUCACAUCAAAUGGAAGAAUUUGAGAAUGAGGUUUUAAUGUUAGACAAGUUUAGAAGUGAAUAUAUCGUUUACUUCUAUGGCGCUGUAUUCAUACCCAACAAGAUAUGUAUGGUCACUGAAUUUGCACAAUAUGGCAGUUUACAAGAUUUAAUGAAAAAUAAAAAGGGUGAAGUUAUUAAAAUAAAACUUCGUGUUAAAUUCAUGUUCGAUGCAGCAAAGGGAAUUUUAUAUCUUCAUGAAAAUGGGAUGCUACACAGAGACAUCAAACCAGACAACAUCCUCAUGUUGUCAUUAAAUUUGAAUGGAAAUGUUAAUGCAAAAUUGACAGAUUUUGGAAGUGCAAGAAACGUCAAUCUACUGAUGACUAAUAUGACGUUCACUAAAGGUAUUGGUACACCAAUUUACAUGGCACCUGAAGUGUUGAAACAGGAAAAAUACACAAAAAGCGCGGACGUGUAUUCAUUCGCAAUAACCAUGUUUGAAUGUUUUUCUUGGAAAGAUGCAUAUCCUAUCACCACAUUCAAAUUUCCUUGGAAAAUUGCAGAGUUUGUUUCAUCUGGAAAGCGUCCUGAUAUAAGUGAUACAAUCCCAAUUGUGUUGAAUGAAUUGAUACAAAAAUGUUGGGUACAAAAACAAAAAGAGCGAUUAGAUAUUCAUCACAUAAAAGAACAGUUGCAAUCUCUGUUUAUAUAA